AUGGUUCGCAAGUGUCUUCUGCUGUCGCUUUUGGCAGCCUGCAGUGCUGCAGUUAAGAUCACGGUUGCCAAAUCUGGUGGCAACGUUACUAGUGACCUGCAGUAUGGCAUCAUGGAAGAGGAAAUCAACCAUUGCGGUGAGGGAGGUCUGUACGCAGAAUUGAUUCGCAACCGUGCCUUUCAAGGAGGUUCUCGGUUUCCUUCCAAUUUGGAUGCUUGGAUCCCCCUUGAUGGAACGACCCUGGCCCUGAAGAACCUCAGUCAGCCCUUAUCGUCGGCAUUGCCAACCUCGGUGAAUGUCAAAGGCAGCCGUGGAAAGGCCGGUCUAACUAACCUGGGCUGGUGGGGUAUUGAUGUGAAGAAACAGAAAUACACCGGUUCAUUCUUCGUGAAGGGGCAAUACAAGGGAUCCUUCACGGCAUCUCUCCAGUCCAACUCCACGGGUGAAGUCUUUGCCAGCACCAAGGUCAAGUCCAAGAGCGUGCGCGGCGAGUGGACGCAGCAUGAGUUCACUCUGACGCCUCGCAAGGCCGCGCCCAACACCAAGAACACAUUCUCGAUCAGCUUUGAUGCAUCUAAAACAGCAGAGGGAUCGCUCGACUUCAAUCUCAUUAGCCUGUUCCCUCCAACCUACAAUGACCGACCUAAUGGUCUUCGGAAGGACUUGAUGCAGGCGAUGGCAGACUUUGGCCCGAAAUUCCUGCGAUUCCCCGGUGGAAACAACCUCGAGGGCGACUUUAUUGCCGGCCGAUGGAAGUGGAAUGAGACCAUCGGACCCUUAAAAGACCGUCCGGGCCGUGCCACCACCUGGAACUACCAGGAAAGUCUCGGGCUGGGAUUGGUUGAGUACAUGGAAUGGUGCGACGAUCUAGGAAUCGAGCCGAUCCUCGGAGUCUGGGCCGGGUUCGCUUUGAACGGCGACGCGAUUCCUGAAGCCGAUCUUGACUUCUACGUACAAGAUGCUCUGAACGAAAUCGAGUUCCUCACCGGCUCCACGGACACCGAGUACGGUGCUCUACGUGCUUCGGUCGGUCAUCCGGAGCCAUGGACCCUGCGUUACAUCGAGGUUGGCAACGAAGAUAACCUCAACGACGGAUUGUCCUCGUACAAGUCGUACCGAUUCCAAGCGUUCUACGACGCCAUCAAGGCCAAGUACCCGGACAUGGUGGUCAUUGCCUCGACGAUCGACAUGACUCUGCCGGGCGACGCGGCUGGAGAUUACCAUCUAUACGACGUGCCCGAUAACUUUGUCGCCCGGUUCAACUUCUUCGACCAGUUCGAUCCCAAGAACAAGCUCUUGCUUGGCGAAAUUGCUGCCACCGAGUUCAACAACGGCAAGGGCAUUGACUGGAGUGACACCAACUUCUCCCUGUAUCCGUGGUGGAUCGGCACCGUCGCCGAAGCCGUCUUCUUGCUGGGCGCUGAGCGAAACGCCGACAAGAUCAUCGGAACGACCUAUGCUCCCUUCUUCAUGAACCUCGACAACUACCAGUGGUCACCUACUUUUGUCGCCUUCAACGCUGACCCAGCCCAAACCGCCCGAUCUGCAAGCUGGCAUCUAUAUAAUCUCUUCUCUCACACCCACAUCACCAACACCCUCCCCUCAACCUCCACCUCCUCCUUCGGCCCCCUCUACUACGCCACGGGCCUCGACAACACCACGAACUCCCGUAUCUUCAAAGCCGCCGUAUACAACAGCACCGCUGAAGUUCCCGUCUCGCUCUCCUUCGAGGGCGUGAAAGCCGGCACGAAGGCGCAGCUGACCGUGCUGAGCGCACCAGACCCGUUCGCCAUGAACGAGGUCGGUGGGGAGAAUGUGGUCAAGGAGAAGGUUACGACUGUGAGGGCUGGGAAGAAGGGGGUUUAUGAGUUCAGUUUGCCGAAUUUGAGUGUGGCCGUUUUGAAGACUGAAUAA